AUGAGCAAAGAACAAUCAGGACCUGGUGUCAUUAUGAGCGGCAUUCGCCGCAUUGGUCAUGGUCUCAAGACUUCAUUAGCCAUAGUUGGUUUUGCAACAGCUUCCGGUCUUUACAUGGAGUACCGGAAGUAUUACCCUAUGGAAGAAGACAACAAUAAGAAGAAAGUUCUGGUGAUUCCCUUUCACCAUUUACAGUUGAUUGAGAAAGAAAAAAAGAGCAUUAGAUCCCAGCUAUCGCGUUUCGAUGUGGACACCAAAGAUUGCCCGGUGCAAAUGGAAAUCAAGGAUCUUGUGGAUGUGUUGCACCACGCGGCGUCAGAUCCCAGUAUUGUCGCUUUGUACGGCGUCUUUGGACACGGCUCGACCUUGUCCCAAGCGGGUUGGGCGGAUUUGGAGGAAGUUCGGAACGCGUUACGAGUUAUCCGCGAGUCGCAUCGUUGGCAUGCGGAGCCCAACCUUCAGCACAAGGCCCAGGUGAUUCCAGGAGUUGAGAAUAAGCCCAUGUACGCCUACGCGGAUACUUUUGCAAGUCUAGGGGAUCCCGCUUACAAAGAGUAUUACUUGGCGUUGAUCUUUACACACAUUCAUAUGCAAAAGACCGGGGAACUCAACUUGUUUGGUGCCAUGUUGCAGCAAUUCUUUUUGCAGGGACUACUGGAGCAGUAUGGUAUUGCAUUACACAUCAACAACAAUGUAUGCCAAGAUAUUACCAGAUCUCAUUCCAAGGCCUUGUUGACGUCUUGGCUCAAGCAGGGUUGUCGGGAUGACGUGGAUUUGUGGAAGCGCAUACAUCAAUUGGGGACGUUUCCAGCUGUGACGGCAUACAAAGCAGGCCUCAUAGACUUCCUGCCCUGGCGCAACCAAAAGAACACAAAAAGCAAGGUAAAGCCACUUGAUGGUACAGGUAACAAAGAGUCUGCAAUAGAUGAUAUUAAGAACAAAUGGGCAUUGCAAGAAACUGACUUUGAGCAAUUCAAAGCAGACACGGCUGUCAGUCUCCAGGCCUACGCAAAACAAGUUGCAAAGAAGAAACAAAAUGAGCAAGAUAUUUUCGACCAGUAUGGAACCCAACAUCCUGCCAUUCAAAGUAUUCUUGCCAAAAUUGGCAUGUCUUCUGUUGAUGAUGGAGAACCACAUCCUCAGAAGGAAACAAUUGCAUUGCUAAGAGUCAACAAAGGUAUUGGCAACUUGACAGCCCGCAAGCUAGUCAAUUCGAUUUGCUGA